AUGAUGAACCUUGGGGGGAGGCGCGGGCAUUUUGCCCAGCUGCCACUGUUCCUUAUUGUUGUUGUAGUUGCCCUUCUACUUGUGAGCCCGACUGCGGCAUCGACUGGCGACCGGCUGCCAGAGUUCCGCGAGUGUGUCGAGAUAUGCGAACGCGAAAACUGUGGCCCCGAUGUCGAACUCCAGACCGAAAUCCCUCUUCAUCGCCGUCUCCUCCUCUGGACUUGUCCGGACGAAUGCGACUACACAUGCCAACACAUCGUCACGGCAGAGCGCCAGACCCGCGACCCGCCCCAGCCGGUGGUCCAGUUCCACGGCAAGUGGCCGUUCUACCGGCUGCUGGGCAUGCAGGAGCCGCUGAGCGUGGUCUUCUCGCUGGGCAACUGGGCGGCGCAUUACUACGGCCUACACAACCACGUGCUGCCGCGUAUCCCCGAGCGAUACACCAUGCGACCGUUCUACGUUUUCCUCGCCCGCCUCGGUAUGGUCACUUGGUUUUUGAGUGCCGUGUUUCAUACCCGCGACUUCAAACUGACGGAGCGGUUGGAUUAUUUCGGUGCCGGCGCGUCGGUGCUGUACGGCAUGUACUAUGCUAUCGUGCGCAUCUGGCGGCUGGACAGGCCCGGGAAGCGGAAUGGGCUGAGGCUGUGGACGGGCUUGUGCGGCACGAUGUAUGCGUGCCAUGUUGCGUACCUGGGGCUUUGGCGGUGGGAUUACACGUACAACACACUGGCGUGUGUGGUGUGCGGCGUGGUCCAGAACCUGCUGUGGAGCUGGUUCAGCUGGACGAGGUAUCGACAGACCUCGCAGUCGUGGGCGAUUUGGCCCGGCGUAGUGGUGAUGUGGGUGAUUAUGGCGAUGAGUCUGGAGUUGUUUGAUUUUCCGCCGCUCUGGGGGAGUUUGGAUGCGCAUAGUCUGUGGCAUCUAGGGACGAUUGCGCCGGCGGUGUUAUUUUACCAUUUCCUGGUCAAGGAUGCGCAAGACGAUAUUGCAAGCAAUGCGAGGUUGAAGGCCUAA